AGAUGGCGUCCGGUAGUCCUCGUGUGUUGGUGUAUGGUGGGAAAGGAGCGCUCGGGUCAACAAUUGUUAACUUUUUCAAGAACAAGGACUGGUGGGUGGCAUCUGUAGAUUUAUUCCCAAAUGAAGAUGCCCAUGCUAACAUUAUACUGACAAACCUUGAUAACUGGACAGAGCAAGAGAAACAACUUACCAGCAGUGUGGAAGAUACAUUGAAAGGAGAGAAAUUAGAUGCAGUCCUGUGUGUUGCUGGUGGAUGGGCUGGUGGCAAUGCUGCAAGUAAAGAUUUCGUGAAGAAUUGUGACAUGAUGUGGAAACAGAGUGUAUGGUCCUCCACAUUAGCAGCACAAAUAUCAGCUACACAUCUUAAAGAUGGUGGUUUACUCACACUGCCUGGAGCUAGACCAGCCUUAGAUGGAACAGCCGGUAUGAUUGGUUAUGGGAUGGCGAAGGCUGCUGUUCAUCAAUUGGUGAAAAGCUUAGCCGCUGAAGGAAGUGGUUUACCUGAAAAAGCAUGUGUCACUGCCAUAUUACCCGUUACCUUGGAUACACCAAUGAAUAGGAAAUGGAUGAGUAAUGCAGAUUUCAGUACAUGGACAUCACUGGAAUACAUAGCAAAGUUGUUCUUUGAUUGGGCAACCAAUGAUGGUCGACCAGAGAAUGGCAGUCUAUUAGAAGUUGUCACCAAAGACAACAAGACACAACUUACAAAUAUGAAAUGAUGAAAAACAUUAAACAGCAAUGGCUUGCACUCAAUCUGGAGAUGCAGGAACCAUCAUUGUCAGUGUGUGAUUUGUCUGGACAUUAAAAGAUGUACUUUU